AUCUCCGCGGUUUCGUAGUGUGGCACCAAGAGCCGACAACACAUAUCACAUUAGUUCGAAGGUCUUUUCGUCAGGCUUUACUCAGAUCAUCAUCGUAUAUUACACGUGGGACUCUAUGCCGGGGUGCUUGUUCCACGGCCUAGCGGCAGCGUGGUCGAGACAACUCAGCUUCCGACCGUAACUCUUGUCGAGGGCAUCACUUGACCGAUAUCUUUUAUCAUUAACCGCUCAAAUACGGCAUUGCCAUAAAUGUUUGCGUUGACAUAAACCGUUCCCGCAAUCUGACCGGGUCUCUCAGAGGCAUGCUACUCUCAUUUAUCUUUCACCUCGUGGCCCUUGCUUCUGCCAGUGUGCUCCACCGACGGCAACAGGUCAACCAGAACCCUACUGUCGGCGGUGAUCCUGAUCAUGGGUGGAAAGCGUUUCCUCAAGUGAACGAUGCCACAGCGUACCCUAGUUGGGUCGUGAAUGAUGGUGCUCAACUGCCUGUCUAUCAAACGAGCGGCCUCAAUAAUUCUGAGGUAACAAGAGCAGUCAUUGUUUUACCUGCGAGGCCUCGAGACUGCUGGUACUACUGGAAUGUGGUGAACAACGCGCUUUACAAUGCCACGUUUCAUGACUCGAGCAUAAGACGCGAAGAUAUCUCCAUCAUGGCUCCGUGCUUUUUCACACAAGCGGAUAUGGAUGCAGGUGCCACAGGAGACGACGUACUCUUGUGGGGAAUGACGACCUGGAUCGACGGAAAAGCCAAUAUACUGCCAAGCUCCGUGAUAAACUUCAGCAGCUUUGAUGUGCUCGACGCGCUGGUGUCGUACUAUAUGGAUACGCAGGCAUUCCCAAACCUCAACACUGUCGUUGUAGGAGGUCAUUCCGCUGGUGGACAAAUGACACAGCGCUAUGCCACGUUACGAAAAUCGACUGAGAACGACGAUCGACUACAUUUCUGGAUCGCCAACCCAGGCUCUCUAUGCUGGUUGACUGCUGAGCGCCCGAUGCCAAAUAGCUCUUGCAUUGACCCGGACAAGUAUAAAUACGGCUUAGAGAGCAAUUUUCCAGCAUACGCUACUUCGGACACAAAUAGACUUGGACGGGACGGGAUCGUUUCGCGGUAUAUUGGACGUAAUUUACACUACGCCUGGGGGACGGCAGAUAACGGCCCAGGAGAUAUUUCUUGUGAAGCGUUGGCCCAGGGACGCACCCAUCUGGAAAGAGGAAGGAAUUUUGUUGCCAUGCUAGAAAAACUGACUGGCGGUAUACCUGCCCUGUCGACGGUCGAUUGGAUCGAGGGAGUAUCUCAUUCGAACGAGGGUAUGAUGAAUAGCGAAGAAGGAAUAGACAAGUUGUUCCGAUACGCGUCAAACGCUACUGCUAGGAAUGUCAAUGUCUCUUCUGCCGCUGGCUCAAGGUCGAGUUCGAGUCCAUACGUGACUCCAAGUCAAACGGGCGAUGUAAUGAAAACAAAAUCGCUGUCUUUUAUUUUCAUCUUGGUGUUACCGUUGGUUUUCCAUGUCAUAAUUUAGCUUAGACACCGACGAAGGCGGUAUCGAUUGCAUUCCCGUUCGACCAGGACUUAGUACUGUUAGAGGGGACUGCUACCUAAUAUACACCAGGCUUUUCUGACAUCAUUUUUCCAAACUGUGCUACUCUGACUGUCUCUGUCCCACACACAAACAUCG